AUGAUUAAACAACAGCAACCACAACAACUUAUUACAUACGCCAUAUAUGCAUAUAAUUCAAAGACGGCAGAACAAACGCAAAGGUUGAAAUAUGGAGAUUUGGAGAUAGUAUUGAAAAAUGACCAUUUCGAAUUCGUUUGCAAAGGUGGUGCAGUGAUAUCAAAUAUAAAAGAAAUUUUAUUUAUGAAUUCAAAAAUUAAAGGAAUAACGGAUGAUAUAACAUCAAUUCCACCAGAAGAACAGAGAUAUUACGCAUUAAAUGCAUUUCCUAAAGUUUUGAAGAUUGGAAGAUUUAAUUUAAAUGAGGAAUUCAUAGAAGGUUUCCUAAACGACAUAAUGAAGAAGGUGGAUAAGGAAUAUGUGGAUAGUGAGUUAAAUAAGAAGGUAAAUUUGGUUUAUGUUGAUGAAAAAGAUAAUGAAAUUAAAGAAAAGGUUGAAUGGUAUCAUGAAUGGACAUCGGAGACUUUUAAAGUUAAAGCUGAUACAGGAUGGGUUUCAGGAUGUUUAGACCUUAAAGCAGAUAAAACUUAUGUUAACGAUGAGUUAGAGAAGAAGGCAGAUAAGGAAUGGACAUCGGAGACUUUUAAAGUUAAAGCUGAUACAGAAUGGGUUUCAGGAUGUUUAGACCUUAAAGCAGAUAAAACUUAUGUUGAUGAAAAUUAUGCAAAGAAGUCGGAAGUAAAUGAUGUGAUUACAAGCAUGAUAAAUGAAAUACUUCAAACAUUAUAUCCUGUUGGUUCUAUUUAUACGUCAAUGAAUUCAACAAAUCCAGAAACAGUUUUAGGUUUUGGUACGUGGAAGCAGAUUGUAGAUAAAUUCUUAUACUGUGCUAGAUAUUCAAAGCAAACAGGAGGUUCGAAGAAAAUUAAAGAAGCAAACCUUCCGCCGCACACUCAUACAGGAACUACAAACUUUUCUGGCGACCAUAGCCACUCAUUAAGAGACCACCCAUUAUACAACUCAGACUAUGAAGCCGGUUAUGAUGUUUUAUCUCCAGCUUAUAACGAUUCAACAAAAAAGACUUUUCGACAAACUGAACCAGGAGGAAAUCAUGUCCAUACUUUCACAACAAAUCCAACAGGCUUGGGUAAAGAUUACAUGCCACCAUUUGUGACUAUAUUCGCAUGGUACCGAAUGAACUAA